CUGUAGGUGACCGUGCCCCUUUAAGUACAUAGCUGAGGGCAGGCCCAGUGAGGUAAUCUGGCGCUUCACUGUCCCGGUGCCACUGUUUGUUGGGUGCAUGUGCUCAGUGCGAGAAGCGUCUCUUCUCAGGCGAGCGACAACGAAUGAAAAGAGCGCUCCGAAAUAGCAGGACUGUAGACCUUCGGCAGCCAGACACCCCCUUACCAGCCCACCCACUGGCCCCCUCCAUCCCCGCGCAAAUAGCAGCCUUUGAAAAGAAACUUCACACGGCAGUGAGGGAAGCAGAGAGAGCUGAGAAAAGUGUCUUCGUUUUCACCGGAUCAUAUUUCUUGCCUUUUACUAUAACUUUCAGUUUGGAUUCCUCGUAACUGUCUUCUUUUCUAACCCCCUUCCCCAAGAAGCUGGGGGAAUCGGAUUAUAUCGCAAAUAAGGAGCUGCGCUUUUUUGGAUACAACGUGAAACAAAGCCACGCGUAAACCUAGGCGGGUAUUUCUAAAUAUUUCGCAGGAGAUCAAUCACAAGAUGGGUUUGCCAACAUUAAGCCCCUGAGGAGCAGAACCACAAGGGACAUCUCCAGUUGGCUGCUCGGCUCAGCUCCGCUCCGCUCUACUUCGUUGGAGGUGAAAGGUCAAAGGUCAGCGUUUGAACACAAACGUAUGUGCUAGGAUUUCUCGGCUUGUUCGGCUUCUGGAAAGCAGGUAUGUGGGUUUGAUUCUGGAGCAGUGUGUAAUCAGUGUUUGCUGUGGAUUUGUGAGGGUCCCAUACCUCUCUUACAACUGCAUUGGAGUCAAAUGAAUGUUCAUUAUGCCUCCCGGGAUUAUCAUUGUCUCUGCUGCCCUAUGUGUAUUAUGCAGAGCUGUAAUGACUGAAUAUGAAAGUUUUACUAGAGAAGGAGUCACAUUUGAACACCUGGUUUUACACCCAGAUCCACAAGUUGGAAUGGUUUACGUUGGAGCAAAAAAUCACCUCUUUCAACUUACUGCCGAUUUGCGUUUAAGGAUAGAGGAGAAGACGGGUCCAGUUCGGGAUAAUAAGGAAUGCUUGCCUCCCAUUACCGAUUCAAACUGCCCUCAGGCUCGCGAUACCAACAACCACAACAAACUGUUGCUUGUCAACCUGUACAGCCAAGAGCUUAUUACUUGUGGCAGUGUCUAUCAAGGAAUCUGUGAAAAGCGUAGCCUAGAAUCUAUCAAAACUGUUACAUUCAGAACGAUCCGGCCAGUGGACACACAGUAUGUUGCAGCAAAUGACCCUAAUGUGACCACUGUGGGACUUGUAGUCCUCUCCAAAGACCAUCUUCCUGUUGUUUUUGUAGGUCGUGGCUAUACAAGCAGUCAUCCCCCCAUUUCCACUCGCAACCUGAAGUCACCACCCAUUUUUUCUUAUGAGGAAACUGCAAAACUCGCUGUGGCAGGAAGGCUGUCGGAAUAUGACCAUCAUUUUGUCAAGUCCUUCUCCCACCAGUCUUCUGUUUAUUUUCUCUUUUAUCGCCGUGAUCUGAAAUCACAAUCUAGAGAGUAUAAAACCUACAUCUCCAGGAUCUGCCUUGAUGACGUAUCUUAUUAUUCCUAUGUAGAGGUACCUUUAGUGUGCCAGGCUCAAGGGAAAAAGUACAAUCUCCUGCAAGCUGCUCAUGUUGGCCAGCCAGGGGAUGACUUAGCUGGGCGGCAAGUCACUACAAGGGGCUUUAUGCUUUUUGGAGUGUUCUCUACCUGGCAGACCACGCUGAGUAAGCCAGGAGAAGAGUCGGCAUUGUGCAUGUACACACUAGAGGAGAUUGAUAGAAGGAUCAAUGAAACUCAAGAUGCAUGUUAUACCCAAGAAGGACGAAGCAAGACUGGUACCGAGGCUGCCUACAUUGAAUAUGAUGUGAAGUCCAACUGUGCCAACCUGCCAUCGAACACAUUAGAGGCCUUUCCAUGUGGAUCAGACCAUACUCCUACCCCUAUGGCUAGCCGCAUCCCUGUGGAAGCAACUCCUGUGUUUGAUAGUCCUCAAGCCCGCCUCACUGCCGUAGCUGUUACUGUGUUGGAUAAACACACCAUUGCUUUCCUUGGCGAUAGCCAAGGAAACUUAAAUAAGAUUUUCCUCCCACCAUCUGGAGUAGCAAAUAAAUAUUCAACAUUAUUAAUCCAAAAAAAUGGACCCAUUAACAGUGACCUCCUUUUAGAUGAAUUCCAGGAAUUUCUGUACAUCAUGACACCAUCUAUGGUUGUAAGGCAACCAGUGGCUGAAUGCUCAAAGCAUCUGGACUGCCAGUCAUGCCUGGCUACAAAUGAUCCAUACUGUGGGUGGUGUGUGCUGAAGGGACGUUGUGGACGCCGUUCUGAGUGUCGCCGAUCAGAAUCUCCUGGGCAGUGGCUGUGGAGCUACGAUCAGCAACAGCAGUGUUUGACUGUUCAGUCGUUGAGUCCAUCCAACAUAAGCAGAGAGGAAAAAAGAAAUAUCUUCCUUUCAAUCCCAAAGCUGCCUACUUUGGGUGAGGAGGAGUCCUACUCCUGCUUCUUUGAGGAUUAUGAGAGUUUGGCAGUCAUAACUGAAACUGGUGCAACUUGUUCUUCACCAGAUGCCAAUAAGGUGCCUCCUAUUGGCCAAGGGCUAGAUCAUGUGAAUGUUACUCUUUCUCUGCGAUUCUUAAAUAUUACAGUCACAUCCAUCAAGUUCACAUUUUAUGACUGCAGUGCUGUGAAGCAGCUAUCCAGGAACAUGCCGUGCCAAGCAUGUGUGAAAAGUCAGUGGGGUUGCCAUUGGUGUGUUCAUCAGCAUCUUUGCACCCAUAAACCAACCUGCGAGGAGGGAACCAUUAUAUAUAAUGAGCAUUUUAUUCUUCCCGGUCCGCCCUCCCCAACAGCAAGGCCAACUAUCGCAUCCCCUGCAACAAUGUCGAGAACAACGGACUCCCCUACACCUGAGCCAACGACUGCUUUGACAACGACAGCAACAACUCCCACCACCACCACGACUGUCUCUACCACUGCAGCUGCAGAGUCCAUUUUUACCAGGAGCCCUCCUACAACUACUGAGCCUACAACUUUCCCGAGCACUACAGAAGUGGCCACCAUACAGCCACAUGUCACUACUACCUUGGAGUCAGUUACAGUACCUUCUGUGACAAGUACUAUCAUUGUCAGCACUGUCACUAAUCUUGAAACAGUGCCAGAUGAAUCCCUUAAUGGGAAUUUUAAAGAAAAUGAGAUGACUGAAGACCCAUUAGCAACUAGUAGUCCUACUGUUUACUUAAAAGAACCUGUACCUUUGCCAGAACCAUCUGCCAAUGAAGAGUUCACAAAUACAAAUACCGUGACCACCCAGAUUUCAAGUACUGUCCAACCAAUGCUUAUCCCUCUGACUGUACCUUUCAAUCCAUCAAAUGAUACAGAGGAUCUUGAGGUGGAUCAGUCAACUGAUGAGACCUUUCAUGUUGCAUUACCAACCUCUUUGACCCCAGUGCCAGCACCCGUUGACUCUUCUCAUCUUGGAAUACCAGCUGCUUCUGAAGUACCAGUGGAAAUUCUCACAACUAAAGAACCACCCCUCGGUUUCCCCGAUUUGCCCCUGGACUCCAACACUAAUCCAGUGUAUGUGGCAGAAGACAUUCAUCUGGAGAAUGAAACGGCUACAUUUUCUGCCACAACCAUUCUUUCAGGAGAUGGGGAUGUAGAGAAUUCCUCUCCUGGCUUUGUACAUGUGAUGGACUCUGAUGCGGAAUAUGAUUACCAAUAUGACAUGCCAGGAUUCUACCAGUUGGGGUUGGAUGCUGAUCCAGUUAGCCAGGGUCCUGAAGAGUGUCCUUGUGUAGAGAAAGUCCAGGGCUCUUCUCUGCUGCCAGUUAACACAAAGAGAGAAAUCACACUGGUGGGCAGGAACCUUCAUCUUUUCCAGGAUCCAGACUACACAUGUGUCUUUGUGAUUGAGGGGCAGAUGGUAAUGGUAGAUGCUCUUGUAAAGACUGCAGAUGAGCCUCUUGUUUAUUAUAUUAUGUGCCAGCCAUACCAGUACACGUACUCUGCCCCACAGGAGGAGUAUAAUGCCACAGUUUAUAUCAAGAGGAGAGACACUUACCUGGUAGACAGUUCUCAGGAUCUGUAUGUGACCCUAUACAACUGCUCGGUGGGACGCUCUGACUGUAGCCGUUGUCACACUGCAGAUAGUAGGUAUAGUUGUGUGUGGUGUGGAGGUGAACAGUCCAGCUGUAUUUACAGUGAAUCUUGCACCAGAGAGAUUGAGCAGACAUGCCCUGCACCUGUCAUCGACUCUAUUGACCCUUUGUCUGGUCUGGUGGAAGGUGGAACUACAGUUACUAUUACUGGUUCAAAUCUUGGACAGAAGUUUCAGGAUGUUGAGCAUACAGUGUCAGUGGCGGGAAUGCGAUGUACUGUGGACCCUCAAAGAUAUGAGAUCUCUACUAGAAUUGUCUGUAUCACUACAGCCAGUGAUGGCCCAAAAUCUGGUCAGGUGUCUGUGGAGGUGAAUGGAGGCGGACAUGGUGGCUCUACACAAGUUUUCACCUAUCAAGAUCCAGUUUUGGAUAGCAUUACCCCACUGAGGGGCCCUAAAGCUGGUGGAACCAAUCUCACUAUCAGAGGUGCCAAGUUGCUGACCGGACGACCCAGUGAGAUAAGCAUCUUAGUAGGAGACAUCCCUUGUGCCAUAUCCUCUAUGCUCCAUGAAGAUAAGAUAGAAUGCUUGACAGGGAAAAGUAACGCCACAGCUGAAGCUACUGUUACCAUCCACUAUGGGCAGAAAGAAAGGCACCUGCAAAAUACUUUCUACCACUACACUGAAGACCCCAACAUUACUCAGGCAGGCCCAUCCAGGAGCUUUUUAUGUGGAGGGCGUAUGAUACAUGUAUUUGGAAACAACCUGGAUGUGGUUCAGCAGCCGAAAAUUCAGGUGACCAUUUCUCCAAAAGAGUCCUGGAGAACUAGGAGGGCGACUUUGCUGAGUAGGUUGCUAAAACGACACCGCCGGAUUGUUCCCGAUGCCAGAUAUCCCCAGAACACUGAAUGUUUUGAUCAACAGUUUAUAGAAACCUGUACUGUCAACUCUUCUUCGCUGAUUUUGUGUAAAACCCCAGCAAUUGACUCGGUUCCACAAAAUGCUGAAGUGAAAUUGGAGUUCAUAAUGGACAACCUGCGAUUUGACUUUAAUUCAGUCAGUCAGACUAGCUUCUCAUAUGAGGAUAAUCCUGUUUUGAAGAACCUGAGUGAUAGCAGCAAGCCAUAUCGCCACAAACCAGGCAGUGUCAUCUCUGUUGAGGGAGAUAAUCUGGACCUGGCAAUCUCCAAAGAAGAGGUGUUGGCCCUGAUUGGUGAUGGAGUAUGUGCAGUGAAGACAUUAUCUAGAAAUCACCUCUACUGUGAGCCUCCCCUAGAGCAACCUUCACCAAGAGGAAGAAAGAAGAGAGAUAUCUCAGAUUCUCUGCCCGAGUUCAUUGUCUUCAUGGGCAAUUUGAAAUUCACUCUGGGAAAAGUCCAGUAUGACACUCCGAGUCCAUCCACUUUUCCACUGGAGGCACAGAUUGGAGUAGGAGUAGGUGCUUCAAUUGUUGCUCUUAUUGUCCUCAUCAUAGUCCUCGUAUACAGGAGGAAAAGCAAACAGGCUCUGCGAGAUUAUAAAAAGGUCCAGAUUCAGCUUGAAAACUUGGAGACCAGCGUGAGAGAUCGCUGCAAGAAAGAGUUCACUGACUUGAUGACAGAGAUGAUGGAUAUGUCCAGUGAUCUGGUAGGAACUGGAAUCCCUUUUCUUGAUUAUAAAAUGUAUGCAGAGCGGAUUUUCUUUCCUGGCCACCGGGAGUCUCCUCUACGUCGGGAUCUGGAUGUGCAGGACUGUCGUCGACAAACUGUAGAACAAGGACUUGUCCAGCUGUCUAACUUACUUAACAGCAAACUAUUUCUGACUAAGUUUAUCUACACACUGGAGUGUCAGCGCACCUUUUCCCCUCGAGAUCGGGCCUAUGUGGCUUCCUUGCUGACCGUCUCUCUCCAUGGCAAGCUGGAAUACUUCACAGACAUCCUGAAAACUUUGCUUAAUGACUUAGUGGAGCAGUAUGUUGCAAAGAAUCCUAAACUGAUGCUAAGGAGGACUGAAACUGUGGUAGAAAAACUGUUAACCAACUGGAUGUCAAUUUGUCUUUAUGCCUUCCUCCGGGAUUUUGCCGGAGAGUCUCUCUACAUGCUUUUCCGAGCAAUAAAGCACCAAGUUGACAAAGGACCUGUUGAUGCCGUCACUGGUAAAGCCAAGUACACCUUAAAUGAUAAUCGUCUACUCCGGGAGGAUGUGGAAUACCGCACACUGACUCUUAAUGUUCUCAUGCAAGGAGCAGGGAAUGACAGUCAACCCAUGCAAACAAAAGCACUGGACUGUGACACAAUCACACAGGUUAAGGAGAAGGUCCUGGACCAAGUUUACAAAGGGACGUCUUACUCCCACCGACCUCACACAGAUUCCUUGGAUCUUGAAUGGAGGUCUGGUGUGGCAGGCCAUCUUAUCCUGUCAGAUGAAGACUUAACAUCUGUUGUCCAGGGGAGCUGGAAGCGACUAAAUACUCUGCAGCAUUAUAAGGUACCCGAUGGUGCCACAGUGGCUCUUGUCCCACGAAACAGCAAGCAUAUACAUCAUGAAAACCAUGAUUACAUGGCUGGAGAAAAAACUCCCAUGUUAGAAGACGCUGACGAAGGUGGCAUUAAACUUUGGCACCUUGUUAAGGCUAGUGAGGAGCCAGAACUGCCCAAACACCGUCGUGGAAGUCUGCGGGAAAGAGAACGAGCUAAAGCCAUCCCUGAAAUUUAUUUGACGCGUCUUCUGUCUAUGAAGGGAACUCUCCAGAAGUUUGUUGAUGACCUCUUUCAGGUUAUUCUGAGCACAAGUCGUCCAGUCCCUCUUGCAGUGAAAUACUUCUUUGACCUCCUUGAUGAUCAAGCUGUGAACCAUGGCAUUUCGGACCCUGAAACCAUACAUAUUUGGAAAACAAACAGUUUACCCUUACGUUUCUGGAUCAAUAUCAUCAAAAACCCACAAUUUAUCUUUGAUGUCCAGGCUUCAGAUAAUGUGGAUGCUGUGUUGUCAGUCAUUGCACAGACGUUUAUGGAUUCCUGUACAAUUGCAGAGCAUAAACUGGGACGGGACUCUCCAAUUAAUAAAUUGUUAUAUGCCAGAGACAUCCCUCGAUACAAGCAAAUGGUGGAAAGGUACUAUGCUGAUAUAAGACAAACCAUCUCUGCCAGUGACCAGGAGAUGAACUCUGCUCUAGCUGAACUGUCCAGGAACUACUCUGGUGAACUGAAUUACUUGGUUGCUCUUCAUGAGCUUUACAAGUACAUUAACAAGUAUUAUGACCAGAUAAUCACAGCAUUAGAGGAGGAUCCAACUGCUCAGAAGAUGCAACUUGGAUAUCGCCUUCAGCAAAUCGCUGCAGCAGUCGAGAACAAGGUCACUGACUUGUGACAGGAAAUAUUAUUGGACAGUUUCAUUAGAAAGAAGCAGUGCCAACAGAGUGUUACUUUUGUUACGUGGAACAAGUUUUCUGUUACACCUUCAACUUUGAAGAAAGUUUCAAGGAUACAGUUUUGGAAAACAAACAUAACAGAGUAUCCUAGUUAAGGAUUAUACAACGUUCCAAGGAAGUUAUUGCUUGUGUUCUCUGUUAUACAAAAAGAACUAAAUGUAAUGGAGGAAGUUACCGGUAUCACUUUGCUGCCAUGUAAAGAUUUUUGUUUGUAUGUUUGGGAAACGGAGGAGACAGCUUUAACAAACAAAAGAGAGAGCGUAAAUUGUAUUAAAACCUGAAUUUACAUCCUGGCCUUUUAAAAAGGCAUAGCGGUAGAAUAGAGACACGAACGUCAACUGUCUCUCAAAAUGAAAAGGAAGUGGUUUUGAUUUU